CCUUCUUUAUAUUAUAAAAUAUCCCGUUAAACAUUUUUGAAGAUUUGCUUUAAAAAACGUACAGUGUCUCAGAGACAAGUCUAAUUUAUGAAUAUUAUACAAUAUUAUAGAGACAGGUGAAUAAAAGUGUUUGCACUGAAAAGCACGAAGAUGAGUGAAAACCUGGUGAUGCUAUCAACACCUCAAAAGGAAAUGACUGAGAACCACAUUGUGUUUCAAGAUUCAAAACCCGUACGGUAUCCACAUGAACAAUAUACAUCGACUUGGUACCCGAAAGCUGCCUAUUUAUUUUCAUCCAUACUGGACACAUGUUUUAUGAAAAAUGAAGAUUUAAUUGUUAUAGAUGUUUGUGCAGCAGUUACAUUUAAGCUUUUAGAUUGGGUGCAAGAUUUCAUCACAAUUCUUGAUAUAGAAAAACAUAUAAAAAAAGAAAGAAUCUUAGAUGCAUCCACGAUAAGACCAGGAGAUAUUCUGUUAACGUCAGAUUAUCAACAUGUAAUUGUAAAAUGCGUCAAUACUAUCAAAAGCGAGCAAAGUCCGAACCGUGUAAGUUUGGAGGUAGUGCACGCUUUAAAUUAUUUGCUCGCCUCGAAAAGGGUGGUUAAAAACAGUUUUGCUUUUUCGCAACAAGAACCCAUCAUUAAGGUGUGCAAACAGAGUCACAGAGAAAGAGAAAUAGUUCGUCCAAGUGUUGAUGUAGCCGUCCGAUUAAUUGGACGAAUUUUGCUAUUACGAUCCAGAUAUGACUAUUGGUUGCUUCCGAACUCUUGGGACCUAUUUGCUGUAAGAAUGAGUCAACGGAGAUUUGACACCAUUGAAAAUGUAAAACCUGGUGAUAUUAUAUUAUUCACUUACCAUGGGUUAUACCAGAAAGGAAUGAUUACCAGCAAGAUUUCAGCACCACACAACAUUCUUCAGGUUCAAAUAUAUUACACUGAUAAUAACGGAACAGUGUCAGAAACUGACAAUUCCUACAAUUUGGAUAGCGAACAAAUAGUACGGUAUGCGUACCGUGAUUUGGAUUCCGUUAUGAGGAAAAGAAUACUCUUUACAGCAGAACAAAUGAAAGGGAAUUGCUUAUUUAAAAGGUCAAUUUUCAAGUCUUUAAAAUUUGUUCUAGGUUGUAUGUCUGGGGAUUUUCUAUUGAAAAGACGUAUUGCAAUUUUCAUUGGCUUUAAUGAAAUGAAAUUGAAAACAAGUGCUUUUCCAAGAAUUGAAAAUAUUGAAAAAUGGAUGAAAUCAAAGUCCUGUGAUAAAACACCAACGACAAUCAAACUUCCCGAGUUAAUUAUGGGCACGACUGUAUUUGUUCUGUCAAGCACAGAUGGGGAAUCAACACCAGUGUUUCUGUAUGACGACAAACACAUCAUCAGAACAAAGACGGAAACAUUCACAUCUCCUUCAACAGGAAAAGAAAAAAUAGUAUGCCGCCACAGUGCAUGUAAGGCAAAAGGAGAACCAGUAUUCGUUAUCUGUGUAUUAACAACUGACAAAAAGGGACAGUUAACAAAACAGGAUUUGACUUUGGUUGACUUAUCAAACGAAAUUACAGAGGAUUGGUCAGACAUACUUUACAUAAUUCCAAAAGCAUCCAAAAACAAUCAACACGACACACGCAGAAUUGUAAGCCAUACAAUAAAAGAGCGACUGCAAACAACGUCACAUGCACUAUAUUGCAAUGUAUUUUUUAAAGAGGAUUCUGAUAUUAAGAAGAGAAUUGCUCUCUUUGCUGAACAUCGAGUUAACAAAGCUAUCCGAGAGCACAACCGUUCCCUUUCAUUAAUGCAUAUUGAAAAGCCAUUGAAUGGAAAAGAUGCUAAUUCAAUUUUGUAUGAUUAUGCACAAAAAAUGAAAAAACUUGAAUCGUUUAUCCCGAACGACACAACAGACCACUACGCAUGCCACAAACUAGAAGUUUUGCUUCAGAGAAACAAAGAUGUUUCAGCAUUUUCAUUAGAUGACGGUCAGAUGCAAAUAUUUACUAUAGAAGAGGAAUCCGUUCGUCGUUACAUAAGGGAAUUUGGUCCGAAAAACAUUUGUGACUUUACAUUUAAACCAUGGGGUGGUACACCAAAAGUAGCCAACUAUAAUUUAAAACAAGGCAGCAAAGUUAAUAGAACAACAGAUCACAGUCAGGAGUAUGGAACCCUAGGUUUUUUCGUACGUGACAGCGAGGGGUGUAUUUACUUUACGACAUGCGCACAUGUAAUUUCACAGUAUACAGAUGCGUACACCGAUACUAUUGAAUCCGCCGUUGGAAAAAGUGUAUUUGCUACUGAUCUUUCGAGUGCCUCAAUCACCAAAAGUCUCGACAUAUCAUUGGUUAAGGUUUACGAAGAAAAGGUUGAAGAUUGUCGAUUUGGAUUACGAGAUUCUAAGGACAGGUUUGUAACUGGAACAGUUACACUUGCAAACGACAGUGAAAUGAAAAACAUGGAAGUAUAUAAAUGGGGAGCAAAAACAAGUUUGACCACAGGUACUUAUAAAGGAUCAAUUUUUGUGAAGGAGGGUGAGGAAUUCAAAAAUCGUAUUCAUUUUAUACAAAGUAAGUCAAGAAAUGCAGAUUUUGCAAAAGAAGGUGAUAGCGGUUCUUUGAUUUGUUUUGAAGCGACGGAUUCACCACAGUUACCUGUCGAGUCUGCUGCCUUUAUUUUUGUCGGGAAGUGCUUAAGCGGGAAAGAAUGUUUUCCAGAAGAACUCAAGGAAAAGGACAUUUUCGCAGGGCUUGGCUAUCAUGUAAAUGAGGUCUUUGAGUGCAAAGUUCGUAAUUUGAAUCCGAUGCUUACACUCGGGAAUGCCAAUGGCUCUGUUCAACAAGGAGCUGGAAUACAACAUUAGUCUUAAGUAAGCACUGUUUUGAUUUAACAUGUAUAGCAGACGAUGUUUGUCCUAGGUUCAAAACUAAGACAUUCAAAAACAAAGUUCAUUGAUUAUUUUAAGAAAAAAAUAGCGCUACAUUAACCAAAAUAACCUCCUUGCACAAAAUGAUCUCAU